UGUGCAAGAAGAAGACAGUCCAUCACCCAGAGAGGAGUUUCUUUCUUUCCCCUCAUCGUUCGCUUUAUUUCUCUCUGAUUCCUCGCACUUGAUGCUCUGACUGCCUGCACUGGGAGACAUCGCGCCAUAGACAAAAAGAGCGUUUCAAAGCACAGGGGCGGAGGAGCAAACGCAAGCCCAGGGAUCGCUCGUCGAAAUGGAGACUGCAGAGCCUGUGUCAUACGAAUUCCCCGGCCAUGCAGUCGGGGCUGUUGCACCUCGUCGAAUGAUGGGCUCAAAUGUCGGCCACAACUUCUCCUUCUAUCACAAUCCGACUACGUCCACAUUUCCGCUACCCUUCCAUCAACCAUCAUCGGCUACCUACGGCUUCGGGCACACGCUCAAUCAUCAUCAUAGCCACCACCACCCUCAUCCUCACCCGGGGUACCAGCACUACUUUGUAGCCGGUCAGCAACCACUGCAUCCCCAGCCAGUGCGUCUAUCAUCCGAGCCUCCGACGAUCCAGCCGAUUCCCGAUAUCCGACCAGCCAAAAAUGCCGUCAAUGGAGUAGCCAGGAAUCCUCUGACGAAGAUCGAACACAAUUCUGGCUCACAGCAACCGGCAGGGGCUCGACCAUCGAACAAUGGAGGCACGGCACAGGGGAAACCCCCCUCUUCAAAUGAUGUUGAGUUCUCGACUGAAGUUGAUAUCCUGAUGAAAGCAAUACAGGCCAAGGCUACCACUCAGCCAUCGGGGUUGCAAUGUCUGCCACCCCUUCAACAGUUGACACAUGGGAAUAACAACUGCUUCCCCCAGCCCUAUUCUAUUCCGGUCCCGAAUCCCCGCUGUACUGUCACGGUCGAGGAUGCCCCCUCACGAUCAGGCAAAAAACGCAAGUAUUCCUGCACCCUUCCGCAUUGUGGCAAGAGCUUUGCGCAGAAAACACAUCUGGAUAUCCAUAUGAGGGCCCACACGGGAGACAAGCCGUUUGUAUGCAAAGAGCCUUCGUGUGGACAACGCUUUUCUCAGCUGGGAAACCUGAAGACUCAUCAACGACGCCACACCGGAGAAAAGCCAUUCUCCUGUGAUAUAUGCCAGAAACGAUUCGCCCAACGUGGCAAUGUCCGCGCCCAUAAGAUCACUCACCAGCACGCCAAGCCAUUCACCUGUCUCUUGGAUGAAUGUGGCAAGCAGUUUACCCAGCUUGGUAAUCUUAAGUCACAUCAGAACAAGUUCCAUGCAGCAACUCUCCAGAAUUUAACAUUGAGAUUCUCUCAGGUAACAGAGGGAGAUCAUAUGAGCCCACAGGACCGGAAACUCUGGGAAUAUUUUGCCACGCUAUACAAGAAUAGCAACAAGGGCAUCAAAGGCCGCGGGAAGGAUCGCAGAAUUUCGCCUAUUUCACGGUCAGACCCUGGGACCGAUACCCGCAGACGGCUUCAACCCCUCAACGGCGGUGAUGACAAGGCGCGUCGAGCGAGCUAUGAGGAUGCGUCCGUCUACAAUGGAGGCUCCAGUAGCGACGAUGAAGAAGUUGACCCGUAUUUCAUCGAGCGACAGGCUAAUUGACGCCUGCACCACAGUGCCACCCCAUCUUAACUCCCCCCAUUUCGUUGUUUCAUUGUUCCUACGAUACCAGCUUCGUUUGCGUC